AUGACCUCGGAGGAAGACAUAUUGCAGAUGACUACUACGGCCGACCCCACAUGGCCAGGAGUCUCCGGCUGGGAUUCCAUCUUUUCCACAGUGAAAGAACAAGUACCUUCUCUGGAUUCAGAUGAGUCGUCCCUGGUGAGUGUUCGGACUUGACCUGUUAAUUAUUAGUAGUUUUAUUUAUAUAGCGCCAGCAAAUUCCAUAGCGCUGUUAAUGCAGGCCUUUUCAUAUUCACGUAUUUAAUAUAACUAAGACAUAGUGGGUCCUACUGCUAGGGCAAUCCGUUCUGGAGUGUGGGCUUGCUAAUCAUUUCAAACACAAAAACUACCACUUCAAACACCAAUCCUAAACAAGCCUGCAGUCUCUGAAAAAGACACCCCUCUCAGCGUCUCCACUAAAUGCAACCUGUUAUAACUGCUAUUAGUUAUCUGCGUUUUAUCUAUGUUAAAUGUAUUUUGUUUAAGGGGCAUAAUUAAAGUGGCAAUACAGACCUGGAAUUGAAACCCACCCUUUUAAGGCAUUUGAAGAAUGAUAAAUAAAAAUAUGCAAAUAUUGUUAAAAAUGUAUUAAAAUAUAAAAACCUAUCUUUUAUAAUAACACUUUGUGAUCCAUUUGAUGUAGGUAGAUGUGGAUCAGCCACCAGUAAAAGCCAAAACGCACCUUCUGUUUGCCUCACCUUAAGUCUUCUUAUUAUCCAUUGAUAAAAUGGCUGGACCCAGUCACAAUCUGCCAAUCAAUCACAAAAGGCUUUUUCUUUUGUUUCAACAGUCUGAUGGUGACGAUGAGGAGAUGCACAUUUUCCAGAGAGAUCAUGUUUGUUUUAUGCCAGACCUGUCAGAAGAACUAUUAGGAGAGGUCCAGGACACUGAAGUUCAGGUGAGCAUCUGCUUUGACACAUCCUAACUCUGAGAAGCAUAUGAUUCGAUGCUGCCCAGCAUGAAUAAGGAAGUUAGUGCUCGGCAAAAAGAGGUUGGACAAAACUUGUACACUUUUUAUCUUAACUGUCUUGCUUGGGUACAUUAAAAUAUGCAUAUUUAACCUAGACUGUUCCAUGGUACCCUGGUGUGUAUGACCUUCAUUACUUUUCUAGGAUGAUUCUGGGCUAAUGAACUUUGAGAGAGAGGGAUGGACGGAACCAAAGGAGAGCUCUCAUGACGAUCCAAACCUCACAUUCACCAACCAUGACACAAAGCAAAUAACCCCUGACCCCAGCACUAGUACGAAGCCCCUGUUCUCGGAGAAGACCGAGACCCCAAAUGGAGAAAUGAAGGACCUGGUUAAGAUUGAGUGCUGUGAAUUUCAGCUUAGUGUAGAGGAUUCACUUAUACGGGAUAGUCAGAGCGUUGAGGUGCAGAGUGGAAAGGAUCCAAAUGGACACCUAGAUCCCGUCUCCCUCCACAAGAAGCAGGUAAGGCUGUCGUGCAAUACACAGAGUUGAAGCUCACGUGACACUGCUAUCAAAGCAGCCGAUUAACUAUGGGCCUCAGUCACAAAAGGUGAUGUUGAGUUAAAUACAAAUAAAAACCAUAUGUAUCUCCGAGGGAUAUCUUCUCCUUAAUCUGUUAAUUUACACCCCUACAAACUCAGAGUGGUCCCUGAUUGUGAAAUAUAGUGGGGUAUUUUUCCUGUGUACAGUUCUGCUUCUUUCACCCCUGAAAUUGUCUCCGCAUGCCAUUUAAACUUUUUAUAAUUAUCUUUCCAUUCAAUAAUGUUAAUUUGUUUCAAACUCUUGAUACCAUCUCAAAUAUAUAAGCGAAGUCUAGACUGCAACAAAGAAAAUUACAUGUAGCAUAACGAGUACUUGUUCAUUAAACCGUGACGUUCAUUAUACAGGAUAGAACCCUCACCAUUUUUUUAGGUCAGCACAGAAGUCAGUCGUGGGUAAGGUGUUUAAAGAGAACCAGAGAGAGUUGUUAUGGCGUAGAAAUAUAUAUUAUCGCUCUGAUUGAUAAAUAAAUUAAGAAUAAUUUUACCCGAGUCUUCCUUACUUUUCUCUUCCUGUAUGUCAAUAAAUGUUUAUUGAGAGAUUUUCUGUUGAUAUGGUAAUAAAGAUGUCGGGCUGUAUAUCCCCCUUAGGGUGCAGAGCAGUGGGACCUUGACCGGGUUCUCCAGCAGAUCAUGGAGAUGGAGGAGAUCCACCUUCCAACCAGCCUCAAUACAGCAAGUCUCCGAGACUCUGGUACGUGUAGCACUGUCUGUCACUACAACUAUGUGCGUGUCAGGGCUGUAGCAUGUCCUGUCACCUGGCCAGUAGCUAGGCGAACCCACGUCAUUCAGCCCCCUUUAUGGAUUUCUAAUUGGACAUGUAAGUGGCUCUUGUCAUUCAAAAACCAUAGUGCACUGUCUCUUUAAGAGAGCUCCAACACUUUAGUGUUCCAACUUUUAAUUGGGGCUUUGCCUAUUAAAAGUCAUUGGUCAAAACAGAGAAAAACAGGCAAGAAACAUUAACCAAUCAUUUUGCAUGAAGACAAAUAAAUGUUUCAAAAGUUUAGUUAGAUCACACUUUUUGAAUGGAAACACAAAUAGACACAAAAGCAGUCAGUAUUGUUUGACUGUGAAAUGCCAUGUGUGUCUGUGGUGUAGAUGGUUUAAAAAGUAAAAAUGUCGAUUUUUUAAAAUUUUAUUAAUUUGUCUUUUUUUUUCCCCAGAUGAACUGAUGCCUCCUCCACUGCUGCCGUUUGAAAGUUAUUCAGCAGCAAUCCAAGACCAGAUCAUGAAACAGCUGUCGGAUCUGAGUGCUAGGCAGUUGCAGUCCGUUCCUCGUGUUCAGCAGUUGGCAAUUGAGACAAAGGAAAAUGAGAGCAGGGGAAUCUCCUGCAGGUGACUUUCAGAAUGGGAUGAAACCAGCGCGGAUGGGUGGGCAGUUAGUGAGAGUGUCCUCAGGGGAGUGGGAGAGGAUUUCUAAUGAAAACAAUCAUCCAUGGAUUAAAAAGAGGGAAUCUGUAACAUUAAAACCGUAACACAUUACAAUGCAGUAUCUCCAUAUCAUGUAGCAUAGUAUCAUUUUAAACCAUUUAUCCAAGUCAUUCAGUAAAUAAUUGAAAGGACACUACAAUCACUAUAUGGUUACAUUAGCUGAAAAGAGAAGUGUUAAUCAAGUUCAGCCUUUCUCACAUCUGUUUUUUGCUGUUGAUCCAAAAGAAGGCAAAAAAAAAAACCCAGUUUGAAGCAAUUGCAAUUUUGCAACAAACUAGGAAAAAAUUCAUUCUUAAUCCCAGAAUGGCAGUCAGAUUUAUCUUUGGAUUUAUGGACUCUUUCUAAUUUUGGACAUAACCAGGUGGUUAAAAAACUGAUGAACUGCUAAAAUGGAGAAUACAUAAUUUGCAUGUGAUUUGCAUACAGAACCCAGGAACCUGUUGGACAGGUUGUCUUCUUGUAUUUGGGUACUUCCUGGUUUGGUUAGCUCAGUGGAGCUAAACUCAAGAGGCAGCAAUUGUCCAAAGCACCUGCCUUGCAAAGACUUCUUAUUGAGCUGCAUUGGGAAGUCUGUGAUUGGGCAGCCACAGAAAGUCUGGGCGGGGAUAGAAGGGGAGGGCUUACAAAUCCUGUAGACAAGCAAUCUUGCUUUUGUAAACUGCUUUUAGAAGUACCCCCUAUAAAAAAAAUGAUAAUUGCAUUGCACGUUUUCAUUGUAUGCUGUUAUUUUCAUUUAUUUUUUGUAUUUGGGCAGUGGGGCAUCUCUUUAAAAAAAAUGAACAUUUUUGUUUUAUAGGAGCAAUAGUUAAUUUUUAAAGCAGUUAAAAUCUUUGAAAAAAACAACAUAUAUACUAUUGGUGUUUAAAGAUAUACUUGUUUGUUUGUUUGUUUCUGCUGUUGUAUCGAUUGGAUCAGCUGGAAAUGCCAAAUAUUUAUUUCCCACAAUGCUAUUGUGACCGAGAAUGCAAAUUAUAAAACAUACAGCUCUGCAAUGGCAUAAAAUGUGUCCUCUGGCAGACUUUAGGAGCUGAACCUGAACCUAUUAGACACAGAGAAUUAUGGACACAAAAUACGGAUUAAAAGAUUCAGACAGAAUAAGGGUGAAAGCGAAUGUUAAAUAAAAGACUUCUCGGAUUCAAUUUUAGAUCACAGACAAUAUUUUUCCUGUCAGUAUUUGAUACAAUAUUUUUUCUGGUCUUCACAUAAGAUUUCCCAAAUUUCUUUGACAUUUAUUUUAUUUAACAAUUGCUAUAUAGCACCCUUCUUCAUUUUGCUAUCACUAAAGGAAAAUAGGCUGAAACAGUGUAAAUGUUUAAUUUCUGAUAGGUUUAUCACCCGUCACAGUGCACAUUUCUGCAUACUUACCAUUAUUUUCUUUUCCUGAUAAUUAGCGUGUCUGCAAUGGCUUGCAAUGUGCUUUGGGGCAAAAAUAUUGAUAGUGGAGCAGUUACCAUGGUAACGAUCAGAAUCUUCUUGUGGGUACAUUGGUUUCCACGGUGACUGCACCAUAGUUAUCUCUGUUGCCAUGCUUUGCUAAUUUCUCUCUUUGAGUUUCCCUAACUAGGUAUUUUGGGGAGAAAGAAUGUUUUUUUGUGAUUUUUUUUUAAAUUCUUUUUUUGUUGUUUCAUUUUGGGUUUUUUUAGAGCUAAAUGAUUAUAAUAAUAAUUUAAUGUGAUGACACCUGUUCCAUUCCAGGAAGGAUCUUGACACAUUGGAUGGUAAAAAACACCAGGAACAAAUUUCUACUGUUUAUAUAGAUUUGAGGUCAACUGCUCUCCACGUGGACUCAACAACCAUAGAAGAUCAGCGGAAAGGAAAGUCCACACAUGUCAAAGAGAAGACAGAGGAAAGGCUCCACAACAGGUGAGUAGUCUGAGAUAGCCCCCCUUCACCUCACCCCCCACUUUCUCACGAUCAAAGAAAGGGCUGCACAAAAUGUCUGAUAACUGUAAAUAUCACUAAUGUCUGCUCCAUAGAGAUUGGAAAUGUAGGUUUUUUUGUUUGAAAGACGACGGGCUCAGCUCCAAACACUACAAAAUGCUACGUAACGCUAACAGCUCUGCAAUCUAACAGCUUUGCAAUAUUUUCUCAAGUGCCCAUUGUGUGGAAAGCUCCUGUUCUGUCGAAGUAGACUGGAAGGCUAUUAAGGUUAUCAGAAAAAUAGAAAAGUCCCAAAAGAUUAAUGUUAAUUAAUAUUUAAAGUUUAAUCUGAUAAGAUGGUGAUAUCCUAUAAUUAGGACAAUGUUCUCUUGCAGGGUUCAACUUACAGGAAAAAGCUUGCUGCUUCACCAACUCCGCCAUGUUAAAAAUAUCCCACCCUCAGACGCACUAGAUAACAAGUCCCAAGAACCAGAGUCUGCUAUGGUGAGUAAGGAAAACCAGGCUCCUGCUUCACAGCUCCAAUGCAAGAGACGACUGAAGAACAUUGGGCAAAACACAGCCAAAGUCCAGGAAAGAGAAGAAGCAAAUAAGGAAGCAACUACAGAAGAGGAGCCAGACGAGGAUAAGAACCAGAUACAAAUCCACCCGUCACCUGUAACAGUCCAGGAAACCCCCAGGUAAGCAGCCAAACAGGAACAUCUGUUAAACAUCCCUCCUAGUAACAAAGUGGAGAUAGCACAAUGGAUUCUUGUACCAGUACUAUUAUAAUUACUUUUUAAUUAGUAUUACUAUUACGGUUUGUUUGUUUUUACUAGUAAUUGUUUUUUUUUUGUUUGUUUUUUUUUUUGUAAUAAAGGCCUUGAUUUAAUACUGUUCGAUAAGCUUUUAAAAUGAUUUAAUAUUAUGAAUUUAUUUUUUAAUUUUUUUGAUAUUUUGUGAUAUAUUAAUAUAUAUAUAAUUUCUGUACAUAUUUUUGAUCUGAUCAUACUUUUAAAAAAUCAUCUGAAAGGCUUAUCCAAAAAUAUGAAAUCGAGGCCAACAUUUGUACUGGUUUCUGUCUUUGUUUGCAGCAUGCAGGUUCUGGAACGCAAGGAGAUGCAGGAAAAAGAAAAGAAAGUCCGUCAUAGGAUGCAGGCUCAGCUGGAAGGAUUGAAACCACUCAACUCAGUGAACCGCCGGCAGCCAAGGGCCAAGGGAACCCCUGUAUUGUUUCACCCGGUGAGAGGAGAUCUAUUGGUCAUAGCGUAAAGAACUGAUCCUAGCUCAGAACUCCAUUGCAAUGAACGAAGAUCUCCUUAUUGUGACCUCAUGCCAAGCAGCGGUUCAGUCCAAUCAGAAUCUUCGUCAAGUCCCAAAAAGUUGCCUGGUGUGAGGUUUCAAUAACCGGAUCUUUCUUCACUAAGAGGUCUCUUGAUCAUUUAGGACACAUGUGAUCAUAUAUAUCAACAUUAUUAUUUAUGGCUUGAUCAUGCGUGUGCUUUUUUUUGGGAAUGGAUUCACUAAUGGUAAUAAAGGUUUGGAAUCCAGAAAAAAAUGUCAAAGCGGGGAGAUCACUAUUAUCUCCCCCUUUGUGAAUCAGAGCAAUCACAGGUAAAUGAGUUGUGGGUUAUGGUGGUCCGUGAAUAUAUAUUUUAUGACUUGGUAAAGGCUGCUCUUUUCUCAUCUUGAAGGAAGCUUCGUUUAGCCCAGAUAUUGGACCUUUACCAUCGGCAUCAUGCAGUAAUGUAGAGCUGAUUCUCCUCACUGUCUGGUUAUCGAGUUGCGGACAGAUCAUCCUCCCGGGACAGCAUGGCAGUCGAUUGCCAGACUCCUCUCUCUCUUCCAGCAAUGCCUACAAUGCUUUGCUCACCUGGCUCCUCUCCCUGGUGAGACUAUCCGCAUGCACCCCACACACUCUUGUGUCUUCCCUUAGAUACCCAAUUCCAGCUGCUUCCAUUUUAUGUGUUUUUGUUAUUGUUCCUGCAGGUGCCAGCCUUAAAUCCUCAGAGCAGUGCCCCAUUUCAGGUGCUGGGUUUGCAGCAGGAGUGGCGGGAGGAAGGGCUGGCGCUGUUUGCCUGCUUGUCACCGGGGAUUGUGCCAUUGCAAAACAGCCCCAAGAUCCGAAAGCCCAAGGUAAGUCCAUGACUUUUCUUCUCCCUUAACACGUACGAUGUGACUUCAUGGGCAAAGUGGGAUAAAAUAGAUGUCAGUCUCUCUCUACUGGCAGUGUAGUGCUGAUAAUGUAUUACUGUACACAUUCGGCAUCUUAUGGUUGUGUGGAAAAACAGAAAUCUGAGGUUAGUGAUUAAUCAUUAUGUCUGUCACUGCAAUGGGUAUGAACCGGGAUGUGCUUAAAGGACCACUAUAGUGCCAGGAAAACAUACUCGUUUUCCUGGCACUAUAGUGCCCUGAGGGUGCCCCCACCCUCAGGGUCCCCCUCCCGCCGGGCUCUGGGGAGAGGAAGGGGUUAAACUUACCUUUUUCUCCAGCUCCGGGCGGGGAGCUCUCCUCCUCCUCUCAGCCUCGUCUCCUCCCCUUCGGCUGAAUGCGCAUGCACGGCAGGAGCUGCGCGCGCAUUCAGCCAGUCUCAUAGGAAAGCAUUCAUAAUGCUUUCCUAUGGACGCUGACGUCUUCUCACUGUGAUUUUCACAGUGAGAAGCACGCAAACACCUCUAGCGGCUGUCAAUGAGACAGCCUCUAGAGGCUGGAUUAACCUAUUUAUAAACAUAGCAGUUUCUCUGAAACUGCUAUGUUUAUAAAAAACAGGGUUAACCCUAGCUGGACCUGGCACCCAGACCACUUCAUUAAGCUGAAGUGGUCUGGGUGCCUAUAGUGGUCCUUUAAGGCAAAUAUGUGUGAGAUUUGAGAGUUCCACGUGAGCUAGUGGGGAUACUGACAAAAUUAAUGGCAAUUGGGCUGGACUCCCCUGAUAUUUACUGAAACAAGUAUCGCGUAUUAUAUUCCAGCACAGUGGGAGUGUUUGCAUUGUUUAGGUACUGCUAGUGCUUUGAGUUACUCAAGUAUGGUAUGAUCUCUUAUCUAACAUGCUUCCGCACAGGGUAAAGAAGGCUUACGAGGCACUUCCAGUUUCUACCAGCAGGCGUCGCUGUUCUUAAGGCAAAAUACCUUGCAAAGUGUCGCAUGGUGGACCAAUGAGGUGACACAUCGCUUGCACGGGCAACUUUUCCCAAUUCCACUUGAAGUCCCACCUGUCAAACUAAGCAACAUUGCAACCUUAAAUCCUGCCACAGAGGUAAAGAUCACCAACUAACAGUGUGAUGACUUAGAAACAUAGAAUGUGACGGCAGAUAAGAACCAUUCGGCCCAUCUAGUCUGCCCAAUUUUCUAAAUACUUUUAUUAGUCCCUAGCCUUAUCUUAUAGUUAGGAUAGCCUUAUGCCUAUCCCACGCAUGCUUAAACUCCUUCAAUGUGUUAACCUCUACCACUUCAGCUGGAAGGCUAUUCCAUGCAUCCACUACCCUCUCAGUAAAGUAAUACUUCCUGAUAUUAUUUAUAAACCUUUGUCCCUCUAAUUCAAGACUAUGUCCUCUUGUUGUGGUAGUUUUUCUUCUUUUAAAUAUAGUCUCCUCCUUUACUGUGUUGAUUCCCUUUAUAUAUUUAAAUGUUUCUAUCAUAUCCCCCCUGUCUCGUCUUUCCUCCAAGCUAUACAUGUUAAGAUCCUUUAACCUUUCCUGGUAAGUUUUAUCCCGCAAUCCAUGAACCAGUUUAGUAGCCCUUCUCUGAACCCUCUCUAAGGUAUCAAUAUCCUUCUGAAGAUACGGUCUCCAGCACUGUGUACAAUACUCCAAGUGAGGUCUCACCAGUGUUCUGUACAAUGGCAUGAGCACUUCCCUCUUUCUACUGCUAAUACCUCUCCCUAUACAACCAAGCAUUCUGCUAGCAUUUCCUGCUGCUCUAUUACAUUGUCUGCCUACCUUUAAGUCAUGAGAAAUAAUCACCCCUAAAUCCCUUUCCUCAGAUGUUGAGGUUAGGACUCUAUCAAAUAUUAAAAUGUAUACACAUAGCUUUUUUUGAAAUUAUCAGUUAAUACUACAGUGCAAUUUUGGGUACAAUCAGACACCAUAAUAACGACAGCUCAUCAUAACAGUUAUGAUGGUGUUGUGGCAAACCCCUUUCCUACCUGUAAGUAGCCAUUUUUAAGUUAUUAGAGUUUUUAACCUAAGGGUUUACUAGCAUGUUAGAUGUAUGAAUUUUCAGUUAUAAUUUUAGUGAGAAACAAGAUUUAGAAAUCACCUCAGCUGUUAUAGGAACUUUCAAGACUUCCACCAUUCUUUGCUAAUUUACUUUAUGUACUUAGAGACUUGUUGACCCAUUCUACAUUUGUAAGAAUAACACAGUUACCUAUUCUUCAAUUCCGGUAUACUACAAAAUGUUAUGCUAAAUUAUAAAAAAUGUUAUGCUAAAAUUAACUCUACAAAGCCAUUUAAUUAAAGGACCACUAUGGGCACCCAGACCAAUUCAGCUCAAUGAAGUAGUCUGGGUGCCAGGUCCCCCUAGUUUUACCUCUGCAGCUGAAAAAAUAAAAGUUUCAGAGAAACUGCUAUGUUUACAAUGCAGGGUUAAUCCAGCCUCUAGUGGCUGUCAAUGAGAGCCGCUUCCGUGAUUCUCGGUGGGAAAAUCGCAUUGAACUCACGCAGUGUGAGUUCAGAUACCCAUUGGAAAGCAUUAAGUAAUGCUUUCCUAUGGGUGAUUUGAAUGCGCGUGCGGCUCUGGCCACACAUGUGCAUUCAGCUCCACUCGGGAGCUGACGUCGGCAGGAGAAGUCACCAGCGCCGAGAGAGCCCGGCGUUGGAUUAAGGUAAGUGGCUGAAGGGGUUUUAAUACCUUCAGCCCAGCGGGAGGGGGGACCUAAUAACCCUAUAGUGCCCAGAAAACGGGUUUGUUUUCCUGACACUAUAGUGCUCCUUUAAGUCUCCAUUGGCCAUUACAGUAAACUGUAACUCUUCCCUCACAAUACUUCCAGUUGGUAUCCUCUGAGAGUAAUCCACUAAUAGUAAAUAGAAUAUCCCCUUUCCACUCUUGCGAGAACUAAUAUAUAACAUUAUCCCCUUGUCCAGGCAAAUAUAUGUCUAGUACUACUAAGAUACUCUACCCGAUAUUACAAUUAAUACAAGUAAAUAGCCACUUUCUAAGCCUAUUAUUAAGUACAUAACUCUCUCUCUCUCUCUCUCUCUAAAUAUAUAUAUAUAUAAAAGAAUAUUCAGCUUUGCACUCCUACUAAUAAAAUAUUAAUAGUUGGUGCUCAGAAAAACAAAAUAUAAUCAGAAAGAAAAUGCCAGAACCAGGUGUUGUCCUGAUGAAAGUCUGCAUGGUGGACUGAAACGUUGGCAUGCUUGGAUAAUUCUUAAAUUAAGAAGAACUUCUGGAAAAAGAGUGCUCGCGUUGUUGUUCUGAUUUUAUAUAUAUAUAUAUAUGUAUGUGUGUGUACUUAUCCAAGGUGCAAACCAUUGUCCAUCCUGUCAUCGUAUUUAUUUACGAACUCUCCCAGGAAUUCAGUCAGAGCCUAGCUCCCAGGAUCCAUGAGUCAUGCAGGGGUCCCAGAACCAUGAAUUUGCUUGGCCUUGGCUGUAUCAUUCUUCUCUAGCCAAAGGGACAUGUAGGUGUGAUUUCCUUAAAUAGAGACCAAUUUGAAGAUAUGUAUUGCUAUCUAUCCCUCAUCUCCCUUACAAACACACACAGAUUUGGAUCCUGACCCAUGAGGUAGGAACCUCUGACAAUGAACCUUGCACCAAUUCAUAUCACGUGCACCUUGUUGGUGUCCAUCUGUUGGAAUCCAUCAAUCUGAUUUCCAGUCACAUUCAGUCAUAGUAUUCUGCAGCUUGGACAUAUUGUUCCUCUAGUCUAGGCUGUCAGUGCUUGUCAGAGGGUCAUCAUAUCUCUUCCUGAUUUAUCCGUGUUCAUGACCAGCAGGUAAACGUAACAACAAUAACUAGCAAAUGUUUGUUCCCAGGCCGUGGAAAAAGCUUUCUUAUCCUCGUCUGGUUUCUACUGGCAGACUGUGGAGACUGAUGAGAAGCUCAGUCCUCAAGGCCUUGAGAUAGAUGGAGAUAUUGAGACUGAGGUGAGGAACAUCUAAAAUUCUUGUACUGAUGAAUGUUCUGCUCGAUAAAUAUCCCAUAAAAUUAUCUCUUUCCUCCAUAGGUGGUGUCUGUUACCUUGUUUGACUCACUGCUGAGAGAUCCCGCCGCGUUUCACCAUAUUCUGCACCUCGUACUCAUGAAGGGGCUUGAUGUGUGUGCUCUCAGGUUACUGUAUCCGGAGUGCACUCUUCUUCACUCUUAUAUAGGUAGAAUUACUUCUUACAGUGUAAAUGGCACAGAAAGGUGUUAGCUAUUAGAUGUUUGCAUUAUCCUGGGCCUAGCACAAUGAGAUUAUAAAUCACUGGUUAGCAGGUCAUUUAUCGUUCACCCUAAUAGUUCAGGAUUUAAGGAUUAAUAAAACUAGACAGCUGAGAGUGAUGGUAGGACUGGUUUAGUAUCCGCUUCUAUUGAAAACAAAUCAAUGUUAUUAUUUUUCUUGCCUGGAAGUCGUAAUCCAACCUGUUAGUUUCCAUGUAUUAUCCUGAUCCCUGGGGAGCUGCUUUCAUCCUCAAGCUCUCUGUUACCAGUAAAACAUUUAGGAAGUGACACAAACAUACAUGACAACCAUCACUUCCUAGGAUAAUUAAUAUCAUAUUGAUAUAUCCACAUCAUGAUUCCAUGCCACUCAUUUUUCUAAGCUUUGGUUAUGGUGAAUCAUGCACCAUAACCACUGCAGUGCUCUAUAGUGGUUGUGGUGCUAGGAGGUUCCCUCUCCAGUGCUAGCAUGGUUUGACACUUAACAGGAUCCCCUGGAUACCCACACUGCGGCCACAUCUUCAGAUGGAAUAGUUCACAGGUCUGCAUUCAAUAUUUCGAUGAGAUAUAUCUUUUCUUUUUUAAAAUAGUUUUAGAAAUAUUUGUGAAGAGGGAUCAGACAAAAUUGUUGUUAACUCUUACCUGGUGUACGGUGUCAGGAGACACCUGACGCUAUUUAAUGGUUAUGUUGCUUUGACUAUAGGUGAAUUCCAUGUUUUUCUCAAUAAUGCUAUUUUUAGAGAAGUGUCGAUUCUCCUUUAAGCCACCUCUACAACCACUUUUUUAAUAAUGUGCUAUAUCCUGUUUCAUCCUGCUUUGUUAGCUACUCUUAGAUUAUUCCCACAUUAGUGCAUUUAGAAUUCACUGGUCACACAUAGGGAUUUAUUCCUGUGAAAUACAACUGAUUGGUCCUUAUAUUAUUCUGUCCACCAAAAGUAAGUCUCCAAAUACUCCGCUCUAAUAAACCUGCCUAUAACAAGUAGGAUUUAUUUUUUUAAUAGAUGUGUCUAUUUAUUUAUUUUGUUUCUCUCAUAGAUACAAUUCCUCCAUCCUACAUUAGGGAAGAUGGUCAAGCGCCACCGGUUUUGGCUUUAGCGCUGCGGGGACACCAAGCAGGAAAGGCCUGGAGUGAUCUGUCAGGCUCAUGUGACUCCAAACUUGCCAGACGAGUGGAUCCAUGUUCCAUACAUGCCCUUUACGGCUUCAGGAAAGAGGAACCCAUUCUUCAUGCCGUGCGCAGUUCUAAUCGCCUGUUGCGGGAUCUCUGUUUUUGGUUUGGGGGAAGAAUAACCAGUUUUGAUAAUGUAAAAAUCGGCAUCCAGAAUUCAGUUGGAAAGCACACAGACUCAUGCCGGCCUCCCACUUUCCUUACUGCCACUAUUAUAGGUAAGUUAGGGCUUUGUGUGGGACCACAAUGGUUCUGGUUUUGUACUUGUCUAUUUUGUCUGUGCAGCUGUGCAUGCUGGAAUUUUGAAAAAGCCCAAACAUGACAUUAUAUUAUGGUGGCAAAGGCAUCCCUUUUGGCUUACAAACUCAGGGAAAAUUCCCCAAGUUGGCUGCUUGCUACUGCUAUAGCUAUACGUUCAUGACGAGCCACGCUGCAUUGCACACGUGACGCCAACAGCCAAUCAGAGUCUGUGAUUUGCAGAGUACAUCUUUGAUGUAGCUAUGUGA